AUGGCACUUCUUGAUUUGGAUAACAUAGCUCCACGUUUGGAAGGAAAUUCAAUGAUUUCGAUACCCCAUUACAAAAUUAAGGAUGGUAAAUACGCGGUCUACGUUAUUAGAGUGGCAAUCGAUUCAACUGUCUGGACUAUAGAAAAGCGUUAUAGCGAUUUUGUAGCAUUUGAUUUACAACGAUUUGAAGAUCGUAAAAAAUCAUUUCUUCCACCUAAAAAAUUGGUUGGAAAUUUGGACUUGGAAUUUCUGAAUGAAAGAAGGAUUGAACUUGAAAAGUAUAUCCGAACUGUGGUUGAACUUGAUCUGUGGACUCUUUCUUCAGGACAUCGGAAGAAAGAAAUAUGCGAGUUAUCAUAUGUGUACAUGAGCCUGCUGAGGGUUUUGAAGGUGGAUACAGAUGGCGUAAAGAUGAAAUAUUGUGAAUUGGAACGUGGGUCUGAAGAGCGAGUGGAGAAUUUGAUAAAUAGUGUAAAAGGCGAUAUUUACGUCAAUAUUUUAUCUAUAUAUUUCAUGGAAGAGAGAAGACGAAAUAGCGGUAAAAAUAAUAGUGAUGGUACUAGUAGUGUACGUGUUGGUAAUAAAAACAUAAGCAGUGAUGUAAAUUUGCUGCUUUAA